AUGUCAUCCACACGGAGUCGAGACAAUGAUGAUGAUGAACAAGAACCUCAUCGUAAAAUUCCACGUACUUUGCAACAGCGUGAUUCGGAUCGACGCUUAAUUGUAAUUCUAGAAAAUGCAUCUCUAGAAAGUGUCAAGGUUAAAAAUAAUUUCGAAUUGUUAACUGCUGAUCGGCAUGCUAAUAUUUUACGAAAAAGCAAGAGAGAUCCUGCCCUAUAUAGACCCGAUAUAGCCCAUCAGUGCUUGUUGAUGUUACUAGACAGCCCUCUUAACCGCGCUGGAAACUUACAAGUUUACAUUCAUACCCAACGCAAUGUCCUCAUUGAAGUCAAUCCACAAACUCGUAUUCCAAGAACUUUUGAUAGAUUCUGCGUUCAAUUACUGCAUAAAUUCAGUAUUCAUUCAGCAGAAGGAUCCAAGAAAUUACUAAAGGUUGUUAUCAAAAACCCUAUUACUGAUCAUUUGCCUACUGGAUGUCGAAAAAUUGGAACUUCUUUUAGCUGCGAUAACCUUACUAAAGUUAAUAAAUUAGUGCCCCAAGAUCAGCCCAUAGUUUUCGUCAUCGGUGCUAUGGCUCAUGGCAAAGUUGAAGUUGAUUACACAGAAGAAGAAAUUGCUAUCUCUGAAUAUCCUCUUUCCGGGGCAUUAACCUGCGCUAAAGUCUGCAACGCCUUCGAAGAUGAAUGGGGAAUACUUUAG